AGAUUGUGAACUUGAAAGUUCCUGAUUUUAGGGUUUUAGUUCUCUCUCUCUCUCUCUCCCUCCCUCUCCUCUUCUCUCUCUGUUUCCUCUGCGAGUCCUCUCUACAGAGCAUCCUCUUCUUUCUUGCGUUUCAACCUAACAGCAGCUUCCACCGGUCGCACUCGUGGCAUGAUCGGAACACGACGUGGGAAGCCGCAGCUUACCCAGUUGAUUUAAGUGGUCGAAGCAACGGUUUUCCUGAGCGCUAGUGCUUCGUGAAAAUGAUCUCAGCGUUGUCUUGGGUGCCGAAAGGGGUCGCCAAGGCGAUUGCUGACGCUGCGGAGCCGCCAACGAAAGAAGAAAUUGAAGAGCUUUUGAAGUCCGGUGCUUUAGCGGCCAGUGAGGAAAGUGAAGAUGGAGAAGAUGAAGAGAUGAACAUUGAUGCAACAAAGUCCACUGAUGAGGUUUCAAAUGCAUUAGCAGCAGCUGAUGCCCUUGGAAAGUCUUCUGGCUACAAAGGUUCUACUGGAAAUUUUGAAGACAUAACUGAUGGCCUAAGAGAGCUUGACAUGGAUAACUAUGACGAUGAGGAUGAAGGUGUAGACUUGUUUAGUAGUGGAACACUGUCUGGGAAUCUCUAUUAUCCAAGCAAUGUCAUGGAUCCGUAUCUGCAAGACAAAAAUGAUGAGGAUGAAGAAGAAGAAGAGGACAGGAGAAUACUGCCUUCAGAUUGUGUUAUAGUUUGUGCUUGUAAUGAGGAUGAUGUCAAUCUUCUGAAGAUAUAUAUCCUUGAGGAAGAUACAGAAGAUGGCAAACCAAAUUUGUUUGUGCAUCAUGAAAUAUUUCUGCCAUCCUUUCCCCUUUGCACAGCCUGGCUUGAUUGCAACCUCAAAGGUGGAGACAAAGGAAAUUUUAUUGCCAUUGGAUCAAUGGAACCAGGAAUUGAAAUUUGGGAUCUUGACCUGGUUGAUGAAGUUCAGCCAUUUAUGACACUAGGAGGGACAUUAAAGCAACCAAAGUCUGACAAGUCUAGCAAGGACAAGAAGAAAAAGAAAAAGAAAAAAGAGGCUUCCAUUACAUACAAAGAAGAUAGUCAUACAGAUUCAGUCUUGAGUUUGGCAUGGAACAAAGAAUUCAGGAAUCUUCUAGCCAGUACAAGUGCUGAUAAGUCCAUCAAGAUUUGGGACAUUGUCUCGGGAAAAUGUGCAAAUACAUUACAACAUCACUCAGAUAAGGUGCAAUCUGUUGCGUGGAAUUGUCACCAAUCAACUGUUCUUUUAAGUGGUUCAUUUGAUCGCACUGUAGUCAUGAUGGACAUGAGGGCCCCAUCACAUGCUGGUGUCCGAUGGUCUGUGCCAGCUGAUGUUGAAAGCAUUGCCUGGGAUCCUCACACAGCUCACUCAUUUGUGGUUAGUAUAGAAGAUGGUACAGUUCAGUCUUUCGACAUUCGAGCUGCUGCAACUAAUUCAGAUUCUUGUCUCAAACCAAGUUUCACCUUACAUGCACAUGAUAAAGCUGUCUGUGCAGUCUCGUAUAAUCCAUCUAUAGCUAAUCUACUAGCAACUGGAUCAACAGAUAAGACGGUGAAGUUGUGGAAUAUAUCAAACAAUCAACCAUCAUGUGUUGGAUCCUGGAAAUCUGAAGUUGGGGCUGUUUUCACACUUGCAUUCUCAGAAGAUAGCCCUUCUCUGCUGGCCAUAGGAGGUUCCAAGGGGAAACUGAAGGUAUGGGACACGUCUUCAAAUACAAGUAUUAGCAAAGCAAAGUGAACAUUUUUUUUUUGUCUUGGUUUAUUUAUUCAUUUAUUUUUGUAAUAUGGCAUGAAGGAAUCUAUAAAAUUUUGUAGAGUGUAACUUGUUAGGAAAAGGUAUAGAUGCAUGAAAAAGGUUGCAAAUCUUGCUUGAAAAGUGUUCCCAGGUUUACUGCUGUAUGUCAAUUGAGGCGCUAUUUUUAAUUGCAGCAAAUCCUUUUCACAUCAAUUUUGAAGAUAUUUUAUUAAAUAA